AGGUAAGCAGUGACUCUGUUGUUGCGCAAAGCAACAUUGCCUUUAUUGCAAAUUUUUUAGUCAUUCGGUGUAUGGGACUAGGUAGUGUCUUUUUCUGAAAAACUCUCAGUCUGUUUGUAUCUACAGGUUUCUCCGUGACACGUGAAGAAUAACUACAAAAAGCCUCUAGAUUAAAAAUUGGCAUAGAUUAAAAUUUUAAGUAAAUAAUAUAUACUGAACUUUCUUUAAAAAAUUUCAUCUCUAAGUUUAAAAACCCCUCUGGAAGAUUGAAAUGUUUUACAUGGAUUUUCUCAAGUGAAAAUAGUGGCAGCAGGCCUUCCUGAGAAAAGAUUAGCGAUAUGAGGAGUUGUUUGUGAAGUUAUUCGAAAUAUGAUAUCUAGCUUCGCAUCUCAAUAGGAAAAUUGUAUAGGAAAGUCGAUCAACGAUAUGUGAUUUGCCUAGAUAAUGACCGUUAGAAAAUCGAUGAUAACGAUGCCAUAUAGAUUUUGCCAAAACAAAGGAUUAUCGGGAGACGGUAUGGUUUUUGCACUACCCUGAAAGACCCCUGGAAAGUUUUCCUCAUUUCCAGUGAAAUUUCGUGUGGCAAGGACCAGAGAAGCGUUCGCCCUGCAAUCGAAGGAUUUGAAAAUGAAAUUAAUCCCGAGGAAAUCAAGAAUCAUAUUGAUAACUGUGAUAAUAGGGGAAUAAAUAAGUUUUGUAGCUAGAUAUAAGGUCAAGGGAAAAUUAAAUUCUCAAAGCAAAAGAUUUUGAAAAAGCUCUUUUGUUUUGAAAAUAAUAGGAGGGCCAUGAUGUAUAAAAAAUGAGUUUCAAUUUGAGAUUGUGUAUCAGUGACAUACUAUUGUAUUUUUUCAUCAUCAUGAUUUAUGCUUUUUUAUUUAUAGACUGUCAUUUCUUUUCAGUUCCUGUUUCAUUGCCUGAGCUUGAACAUUGGAGGAUAGUCAAAAAUGGCACUAGUUCUUCAGUUCGCAAUAAUGUUAUAACACCAUUUGUCACUACAAAUCCAGCCAAACAAGUAACCCUCAGAAUAACUUAUACUUUGAAUUGCUGUUUAGCCAAAUUGUCCAUUGGUGUCUAUGUCCUUUUGGGCUCAGGUAAAAUAUUUCGGCCCAGUGCUCAAAGCUUCAAGUACAUUUCUGCUUUAAAGAAUACCUCAUCAAUGAAUCCUUCAUCUAGAGCACAGUUUACAUCAGCUAUUACCGUUGGAAUGGAAGGAAGGACUGGACUUUUUAUUGCUUUCAGAGAUCAAGGAAUUUGCGGAAGGCUUGAUUCAUUUCAACUCAGUUACAUAGAAUGUCCAAGCUCAGCUGGGGAAUUAAUGUCAUUUCCACUUAGAACUGCAGCUCCAAACAGCACAGUUUCAGUCCUAAAGGUGACUGGAACAUGUGUUUCCAAUGCUGAUGUUCAAAUUUCAGAAGCAGCUAAUUACAUGUUUUGUUACACAAAUGGUUCCACCAAGGUGAAUGGUGGCUGUCAUUGCAUAGCUGGGUAUGAAAAUCAUGUCUUUGCCAAAUGUAAUGAAUGUCCCGCAAAGAGUUUCAAAAGUGCUGCUGGUAACUUUAAUUGUACCAGAUGUGGUGCAAAUGUUGAGGACGGACUGAAGCCAAGGACAACACCUUGUAAAUGCAACAAUGGAUAUUACAGACCACUUUUAUAUCAAAAUGUUCCAAUUGUUGACUGUGAAGCGCCACCAUCUGCUCCAAAUAACGUUAAGGCCACACAGAUUGGAUCAAAGUGGAUCUUAUUAGAAUGGACGGUCCCCAUGAACCAAGGGACUGGAGACAAACUGAAAUACAUGAUAAGAGCAAGCUGUACUAAAUGUAAAAUUCCACCGGACUUUACAACAUCUAACCUUCUUUUCAAUGUGACUGGGCUGAGCGCCUACACACGAUAUGACGUCAGAGUCUAUUCUAUCAACAAUGUCACUGCUGCCAUCGGCUUCGACAAGGCUAAGUACAACAGCACUUCAGUUUUGACUGGAUCAGGAUUGCCUUCGGAGGUUCAGAAUCUUGCCAAAAGGACAAACUCUGAUGCAUCAGUGACAAUUUUAUGGAACGAGCCAUUGACCAAGGGCGGUGAUGAUCUGCGAUAUUUUAUCACUGUUAAUGAUGAAAAGGGAAUGUUUACCACCAAAAUGAAAUACACUGUUAAGCAAGAUCUAGAAACGAAGAAGUAUACUGUGUCUAUAAAGGCACACACGAGCACUGGUUUUUCCAAAGAAGAAGUUAUCAGAUUUGAAAUUAAAGGGAAAGGUAUUUCACUGACUUUGGUCAUUGCUGUCGUAGUCACAUUGUUUGUCUUACUCUUGAUUGCUGGCGCUUUCAUUGUAUACUUCUACCGAAGGCGACAUCCAAAGCAUCUCCAAACUGUUCGACUUGAAAACGGGGAAGUGAUUCUACCAAGUGGGAAAGGCGUUCAGAAUUUUGUUAAUCUGACCUAUCAAGAUUUUGAGGACGUUGUGCAACAGUUUGCUAACGAAUUGGACCGCGGCUGGAUCAAGCUAGAUCGUUUGAUUGGUGGAGGUGAAUUUGGUGAUGUGUACUAUGGAAAAACCUUCCGGAAAGGAACUAUGGAAAAACCUUCCGAAAAAGCACAAAUUGUUGCCGUCAAGACACUCAAGUCAAAUGCAAAUAAAAAAGCAAGAGAUGACUUUUUGGGAGAGGCAGCAUAUAUGGGACAAUUUGAUGACCCAAAUGUCAUACAUCUCGAGGGUGUGGUCGUUAAAGACCUUCCCAUAUUGAUUGUCAUGGAAUUCAUGAGCAAUGGAUCGCUUCAAUCCUUUCUACAAAAAAACGAUGAUCAAUUUACUCCACUCCAGUUACUAGGAAUGGCAAGGGGUGUGGCUUCUGGAAUGACGUAUCUGUCUGAAAAGAGCUACAUCCACAGGGAUUUGGCAGCCAGAAAUAUUUUAGUAAAUGAUGACAUGGUUUGCAAGGUUGCUGAUUUUGGAAUGAGCAGAGAAUUGAGCAAGGAUGAUACAUAUGACACAACGGGUGGUAAGAUCCCUGUCAAAUGGACAGCACCGGAAGCAGUCCAACUUAAGAAAUUCACUAUUGCUUCGGAUGUUUGGAGUUAUGGUAUCCUGCUUUGGGAGGUAAUGUGUUACGGAGAAAGGCCAUAUUGGAACUGGGGCAAUAAUGAGGUGCUUGAACGUCUGGCUUCUGGCUUUAGACUCCCUCCGCCAAUGAGCUGCCCUAAAGUUGUACAUGAUCUCAUGUUAUCUUGCUGGCACAAAGAUCGCGUGAAAAGACCCAAAUUUAAGGACAUUCGUGGCACGAUUGAUAAGUGGAUCCAGAGUCCGGAGUUGCUGAAACACGAGGAAUCGGUUGUGACAAGGCGAUAUGUUACAAGAUCUGACUUCUAAUGUCAUGGAGGUAUCUUGAAGUGAUAACAAAAAGAAAUUGGCCAAAGUGUGUCCAUAGAAAUCACAAAGUGACAACUUUCCAACAGAGAAUUCAUUCCGUAUUGAUACACAAUGAAUCCUUGCGUCCUAGAAAAUGUGCGGCUCUCGAAUUUAGGUGGCUCUGGUACCCGGGAUACUUUUUGCUUGCAUACUCAGGCUAUUUCUUCUAAGCAAUGAUGAUUUUAUUUCUCUUUCGAAAAGGUUGCAGUUGUUAACUUUGGUGACUUGUAGACAGUUCUGCCCUGGUCGUGUCGCUUGCUUCUCUAUAUCUUAUUCUACUUUCACUAAGAUCUAUUUAUGGUUUAAAGAGAGCUGAAAAUUUCAAUUCUCUCUGAGUUUCCUCUCAAUUCAAAAUUCCUUUCUCUAGUUCCUUUAAAUGCAUUUGUGUUCUGUUUCCUUUCGGCUGCCGUUAAUCAUGCAUGUUUUGCCAUUGCGAAUUCCAAGACUUCCUGGACUGUAUAUUGCACCAUCGCAGACGUGAUUUUGAUUUAUUACAACCAUUUGGAUAUGCAAAUCUUCCAAACAACGAUCGAAUGCUGAUUUUUUGUAUGGUGAUAAAAACUUUUUUGACGAAUUCAAUAGAAAUUUACUUCUCCUCACUCUCCAAUUCAUUCAUAAAUCUGACCGAUUUGAUUAAACCAACUUCAUUGUAGACCAGCAAACGCAGCCAUUUGGUCCUAUUUGAAGUAAAGUCCCGUUUGGCCCUAUUCUGUUUUGUUUUAACUUUUUAUUUUCGCAAACUGUUUGAGACAGUCAAUUGUAGUUUUAUGUAAUGGUCCUGCAGUAAUCACAGCCUUCUGCUUCCUAUAGUGGCGUUCCCUGUAUUGUAGUAAAGUAAUUUUUGGUAGUAGCGUAGUUUGUAGUAUGUAUUGUAACUUUUUAGUGGAACCUGAUAAAAAUUGUGUCAUCAAUGCUACCAGCCCUCAUUUCGACAUGUUUUACACUUAGACUGCAAAGAUAAAUCCGUAUUUCUUUUAUUUAUUAAAUGAGAGAAUUACCAUGCAAAAGAAGUUAAUGGAUAAACUGAAUACGCUAACGUUACAUAGAAUGACUUUGGCAAUCUCUUGUUCUUACAGGCACCGGGGAGCAGAAGGGGGAGGCUUUGCUAUCUUUUGGCCCCCCCUCUUUUUUCAACGCUCUGCGGUGCCUGUUUUAGGGAGAAAUGUUUGUUUUUCUUCGUUCUUUAAAUUUUUAAAGUCCUGAUUUUUAAAGAUACUGAUUUUUUCAUAAAAUUCAGUUUCUUUAAAGAAAUUUUGAAGAUGGCCAACGAAGCAACUUAGAAACGUGAAGAAGGAAAUUCCUUGACUUUUUUGACUGUUGCUCUCGUUUCGAUAGUUCUCAACCCUUUUUAUAAUUGAAAGGCCCGUAUAGCUUCGCUCACUUUUUCAUUAGAACUUAUAAUAAGAACAAGAAGAUAUGCAAGAAAAUGUUCUCUCCAGAAACAUCUUUACGAUAAAUUUGAACGAAAAUAAUAAUGGUAAAAAUUGAUACUACUUUACUAAAAUUGGUUGGCUACUGUUUGCCAUUAACAAGGGGGCUCAGCCCCCCGAGCCCCCAUAACACUACACCCCUGAUCUGUUGUGUAUAUCAAAUCGUUCAAAAUGUUAACUGACUUAGAACUACUUAUAGGAAAUUCUUUAUUGACGAAAAGUCAAGAGCAUAGUUAAAAUUUCCAAGUAAAGAAUUCCUCCAACUAAACAAAAACUGGCUUGCGAAGAGAGGGCUGAGCCCCAAGAGUCCCCCUUCAUGGCACCCCUGCUUUUUCUGUGGAGUCUUUUUAUGAGCAUACAUCUAUUGUUAACGUAAGGCUUCUUGGACUUUUUCUUGCUUAGUUAGAUACUUCAACUGUAUACUGGAUUGGUAAGGGAUAUAUUGCAGAUUUUGUAAAAAAUAAUAUUUAUACUUCUUGUAGUUCGGUAUCGGUUCAAAAUAAUAAGAAUUUUGAACUAAAUGUCAUAUUUUUCACGUGCCAUAUCUGAAUUAACUGAUUUUCGCCAUUUGUUGGUAUGAUAAUACUAUAAUAUUUUUAUUUUAAAUCAAAUCAAAUAGAAUUAAAUGUUGUACUAAUCGGUGAUUCGGUUGUGUUCCUUCUGGCUACAUUCUUUUCCUUAUGUUAGAAUAUUGUUUAUAAGAAUAUUAGGGUCCAGAAUCAUCCCAUUUUUUAGAAUAUCAUAAAAAUAUUGCUCAAUCUCAGCUCCCAUUUUUAUCCUUCAUUCUUCAGCUGCCUGUUUUGUGAUGUUGAUGACAGAGAAUUGCAUGACUCGCAUAUCUCAUUUUCUUCAUAAACCGUGGUUUCUAUGCAGGUAUG